UCAUAAAGUCUUUAUAAAAUAAAGCAACGUUCCAAUUUUUCUUCUCCCUAACACUGCGAUUGCUCACCAAAUACCAACGUUCUCAUUAAUCUGCAAGGUCGAUCGACCAAGUUUUGAAACCACUUCACAACUUUCUUCAAAGAUUCUUAUUCUGGGCUGAUCGAGUUCUUCGUAUCAUGGGACGGAUGUUACAUGGUUUGGCUUGUGCACUUGUUGUUUUGUUGUUCUGUCAUUUCAGUUGCUUCGUUAGCUUUGCACAAGUUCAAUCUGCGAACGCCACCACUGACCCUUCUGAAGCAAGAGUUAUAAAUUCAAUAUUUAGCAGAUGGCGUAUAUAUGCAAACACAACUGUAUGGAAUAUAAGCGGCGAAGUUUGCAGUGGAAGUGCCAUUGACAAUACCUCCACCGCUGAAAGUUACAAUCCAUUCAUCAGAUGUGAUCGUUCCUUUAACGCUGGAACUACUUGUCACAUCACAUCACUGAGGGUCUAUGCACUUGACGUGUCUGGUGAAAUUCCUGAAGAGCUAUGGACUCUCACAUAUCUCACAAAUUUAAAUUUGGGGCAAAAUUUCUUGUCGGGUUCUCUACCUCCGGCCAUUGGAAAUCUAACUCGUAUGCAAUACUUGUCUCUUGGCAUCAAUAAUCUUACAGGGGAGCUCCCAAAGGAAUUAGGAAAUCUUUCACAAUUAAUUGUAUUGAGUUUUUCGACAAACAGAUUUUCAGGAUCUCUUCCAUUAGAACUUGGGAACCUGACAAAGUUAGAACAACUGUACUUUGAUAGUUCAGGAAUCAGUGGUCCAAUUCCUUCCACAUUUGAAAAUCUUAAAAAUUUGGUGGCAGUAUGGGCUUCAGACAUGGAAUUUGGAGGCCAAAUACCAGACUUUAUAGGGAAUUGGACUAAGCUUCAAGUCUUGAGGCUUCAAGGAAAUUCUUUUAAUGGCUCAAUACCUUCAUCAUUUUCCAAGUUGACUUCUUUGAUAGAGUUGAGAAUAAGUGACAUCUCCAAUGGAAGCUCCUCACUACAAUUUAUAAGAAAUAUGAAAUCUUUAGAUACAUUGGUACUAAGGAAUAACAAUAUUUUUGGUUCAAUUCCAUCAUUCAUUGGAGAAUUUCAUAAUUUGACUCAAUUGGAUCUAAGCUUUAACAACAUCUCAGGACAAAUUCCAGAAUCAACUUUCAAUUUGAGUUCACUCUCUUAUGUGUUUCUUGGAAAUAACAUGCUUAGUGGCUCUUUGCCUCGGCAAAAAAGUUCAUCUCUUCAAAAUAUAGAUUUGUCAUACAAUAAUCUGUCAAACAACCUUCCGUCAUGGGUAAAUGAACCAAAUUUACAGUUGAAUUUAGUUGCCAACAACUUCACAAUAGAAGGUUCAAAUAUAAGUGGCUUGCCUUCUGGUCUCAAUUGUCUUCAGAAAAGUUUUCCUUGCAAUAGUGGUGUUGGAAGAUAUUAUGAGUUUGCAAUAAAGUGUGGUGGACCACAAACUAUAUCGACAGAUGGAACUGUGUAUGAAGCGGACAAGGCUACACUUGGUGCUGCUACAUACUUUGUUACAGACACAAAUAGAUGGGCUGUUAGUAAUGUUGGAAUUUACACAGGGAGCAAUAAUCCUACCAACGAAAUCCCUGUGUCCUCAGACAUCUUCCAAGCAGCACAAUCAGCACGACACUCUCCUUCAUCAUUAAGAUACUAUGGUUUGGGGUUGCAAAAUGGCUUUUACAACAUCACCCUUUCAUUUGCAGAAACGACCAUUUUGAGUAAUACUCGCACAUGGAGAAGCCUAGGGAGGCGAGUCUUCGAUAUAUAUAUUCAGGGAACACUUGUUCUUGAGGAUUUUGACAUAGUAAAGAAAACUGAGGAAACUGGGGGUUCCUCGUACACAGACCAAUUUAGGUUUGAAGUUUUCCAAAAUUAUCUUGAGAUCCAUCUCUUUUGGGCUGGAAAAGGGACCUGUUGCAUACCAGCUCAAGGCACUUAUGGGCCCUUGAUUCAAGCCAUUCUUGUUAAACCAGAUUUCCCACCUAUUGUCAACAACGGACCUACAAGUAGUAAAAAGGACAGUACUGGUCUUAUUGUUGGAAUUGUUGUGGCUGCAGUUAUAAGCUUUCUAUCAAUUUUUGUGUUUUUCUAUAUCAUUCGUAGAAGAAAUCGGCAAAAUGAUGAUGAAGAUCUUUUAGGAAUUGAUACAAAGCCAUACACUUUUACCUAUUCUGAGUUAAAGAAUGCCACAAAUGACUUCAGUCUCGAAAACAAACUUGGCGAGGGAGGUUUUGGACCUGUUCAUAAGGGAACACUAAAUGAUGGAAGAGUUAUUGCUGUGAAACGACUAUCAAUAGGAUCCAAUCAAGGAAAGAGUCAAUUUGUGAAUGAGAUUGCUACCAUAUCAGCUGUGCAACAUCGUAAUCUAGUCAAAUUAUAUGGGUGUUGCAUUCAGGGGAGAGAAAAACUUAUUGUAUAUGAGUAUCUAGCAAAUAAGAGUCUUGAUAAGGCAUUAUUCGGAAAUCGUUUAACACUUGAUUGGUCGACACGGUAUGAUAUUUGCUUGGGUGUUGCCAGAGGUUUAACUUAUUUACAUGAAGAAUCACGUCUCAGAAUCAUACAUCGUGAUGUGAAGGCUAGUAACAUUUUACUUGACAAUGAGCUUGUUCCAAAAAUAUCAGAUUUUGGUUUGGCCAAAUUGUAUGAUGAUAAAAUGACCCAUAUGAGCACUCGUGUGGCUGGCACAAUUGGAUAUCUUGCACCAGAGUAUGCCAUGCGUGGACACCUCACAGAGAAAGCAGAUGUGUUUUCAUUUGGUAUUGUGGCUCUAGAGAUAGUGAGUGGAAGGCCAAAUUCUUAUUCAAGUACGGAAGAAGAGAAGGUGUACCUUCUUGAAUGGGCAUGGCAACUUCAUGAAAGCAACCGCAUAAGUGAUCUAGUGGAUCCUAGACUGGUCGAAUUUGAUGAGGAAGAAGUAAAACGAAUAGUAGGAAUAGUGCUUUUGUGCACUCAGGCAUCACCAACAUUACGUCCAUCAAUGUCACGUGCUGUGGCAAUGCUUUCAGGAGAUAUUGAAGUGAAUAUUGUCACUACAAAGCCUGGUUACCUAACUGAUUGGGAUUUUGAAGACGUGACCAGCUUCAUGACUACUAACAUAACAACUAAAGGAUCGUAUACAAGUUGUGAGAAUUCACCAUCAAGUACCACCACACUCGGGAGAGUUGACCGGUCACCAAUAAGUGCUUCUAAACCCAUCCUUUAUAAUUAGUGAUCAAAUCAUCCAUGUAUAGAAACAAAAUGAUAAUGUCAUUGUGUUGCAAGAAUGGAUUCAUUAUUGUUUU